UCAUGUGUGAGCGUAACGUUUUAGUACUCAAUCAAACGACAAACAAGAUACUACUGUUUUAUUUGAAAUUUUCAAAAAUCUAGACUACAGACUAGAUUUUUUAGCACAGACACUAAAUCCGUGACACUAAAUCUAAAUACGGAUGUUGAGUUGUAAAAUUUUAUUGGUUAUUGUAAAUUAUUUAGUUAUUCAUUUGUUAAAACGGAGAGAUUAUUAUGAAAGCGGAAGUGUGUGAAGUGUGCGGAAAACCCGCGGAACAAAAAUGUAGCGCAUGUAAGAGUGUGUUUUAUUGUUCUCGAGAGCACCAAAAAAAUCAUUGGAAGGAACAUAUGAAAAACUGUAAAGCUUUUAAGAUAGCAGAAGAUGAGAAUGUUGGACGCCACUACAUUGCAACAAGAAAAAUCGACGCAGGCGAAGUAAUUCUAAGGGAAUUGAAUCCACUGUUGGCAGCACCGGCGCAAGGAACAUCGCCAUUGUGUUUAAAUUGUUAUUGUUUACUCGAGAAGAAGACUGCGAGACCGUGUGAUAAAUGCGGAUGGCCAUUGUGUGAAAAUUGCAAAGAACAUGGUGAUGAAUGUUUCUUCACAACAAAAUAUCGCGAUGCAAAAGUCAAUAUUGCGGAAUUUGGAAUUCCUCAUCCUACAUACAAUUGUAUUGGAAUAAUUCGCGCACUGGCAUUAAAAGAAAUAAAUCCAGAUAAUUAUAAUAAAUUGAUUAAUUUAGAGGCGCAUGAUGAUCACAAAGAAAAUCAACGUCUUGAUGAUUUUAAUGGAACUGCAAAAUUUGUUAAACGUUUUUUUAAAUUAGAUGGAAUUGAUGAAAAAGAAAUAAUACGAAUUGCUGGAAUUAUUCAGAUUAAUGGUCACGAAGUUCCGACAACUGAAAAUUCUCAUGUUGCUGUUUAUGAUGAAGCGUCUUAUUUUGAACACAAUUGCAAAGCUAAUUGUUCGAAAAGUUUUACUGAGUCUGGGGGAAUAUUAAUACGAGCUGCUUUACCAAUAUCUAAAGGUGAACAUCUAACAAUGUGUUACACAGAUCCUCUGUGGGGUGUAACAAAUCGCCGUCACCACUUAUUCCAAACGAAAUUAUUCAACUGCACCUGUUCGCGUUGCUCAGAUCCCACCGAAUUCGGUACCAUGUUCAAUGCACUUAAGUGCACAAAAGGUAACUGCGGGGGAUACAUGCUACCAUCAACUUUCAUAACAACAACAACACCGAUGAGCAAUGAAAAAUUACCGGAUUAUACUUGUGGUAAAUGUCAACAAGCUACGAGUUGGGAACUAAUUGAGAAACAACUUGAGGAAAUAGGCAUUGAAUUGACGCAAAUGAAAAAAAAUGACGUGGAAAUUUGCAAAAAUUUUAUUACUAAAUGGAGCAAAGUCUUGCAUGAUAAUCAUUAUUACUUGACGGAUGUCAAAAUGGCGUUGGUACAAUUGAUAGGACAACAAGAUGGCGGUUUACCAGCUUGCAGUGACGAAAUACUGAGUGAAAAAAUUUCGUUAUGUAAAAAACUUGAUGAAUUGCUACGCAAAUUAGUUCCAGCUGAAAUUCGUAUCCGAGGAUUGAUUUUAUUCGAAGUACACGCGGGUAUCGCGGAAUUUGGACGUCGACAAGGUCCUGACGAAUUACGUGGAAUGUUAAUGUUAUCAAGAAAUGCAUUAGCCGAAGCCUAUCAAUUAUUGCGUUAUGAGCCAGAAAUACUUCCAGAAGGUAAAAUAGCUAAAAUAGCCUUGAAGAAUAUGAAGGAAAUGGAUGUUAUUAUCAAAACACUAUGUCAAAAAACGGCAUCACCCAUGUAACAAUUUAAAUAUGUUUAAAUAAAUUUAAUGUAC